AACCAAUGAAUUACUUCUCCUAUAAAUACCACACCAGACUGUUGCGAAGUUCUUCAUUGAGCACAGCUUAAGCACAAGUAGUAGCUUCUCGACUCAGAGUCUCUGUUCCUUCACUCUUCUUUCUCAAAAGAAAAGAAGACAAGUGAAGCAAAGGGUUGCAGAAAUGGCUCUUUUCCACUUUGCCAAUCCCGAGCUUUUUGCAUUCGGCAUCUUAGGUAACUUGGUCUCCUUCUUGGUGUACCUUGCUCCUAUACCGACUUUUUAUCGGAUUGUCAAGAAAAAAUCAACCGAAGGAUUUCACUCGAUCCCCUACGUGAUUGCGCUAUACAGUGCGACGCUUAUGAUCUAUUACGCAUUGAACAAAAACGACGCAACUCUCCUCAUCACUAUCAACUCAUUCGGCAUUGUUAUCGAGACCAUCUACCUCUCCCUCUUCAUUGCUUAUGCUCCAAAGAAAAUAAGGGUUUCGACUAUAAAACUCGUGGUGCUCUUAAAUAUUGUGUCAUAUGUGAUGAUAGUUGCGGUUACAUACUUCUUCAUCCAACCACCGAAACGAGUACAUAUUCUGGGAGGGAUCAAUCUUCUGCUUUCCUUCAUUGUAUUUGUCGCACCUCUCAGUAUCAUCAAAAAAGUUGUACAAACCAGGAGUGUGGAGUUCAUGCCAUUCUGGCUAUCAUUUUUCCUUUCAUUGAGUGCCGUUAUGUGGUUCUUUUACGGGUUACUCUCGAAAGAUAUAUAUGUUGCACUCCCCAAUAUACUUGGAUUUACGUUCGGAAUAAUCCAAAUGGUGUUGUACGGCAUUUACAAGAACUGCGAGAGCAAACCAGUGGAAGAGCUCAAACUUCCUGAAAUUGUAAAGGGAACUCCGGAGAUAUAUCCGGUGAGCAGCUUCCCUUCAAGUGAAAAUGACGACGACGAGGAGAAAAAGAAAGACGAGAAUAUCAAAGACAAAAAUAUGGAUGCUUCUGACCAAGUUUAGUUUAACUCGCUAACUCAUGUUUACAAGUCUUGUAUCAGCUCCGGGACAUGAGAGUCCUCAGGUGGCUUUGAUAAUGUUAUGUUUGUAAUAUGUGUGUUUUCUGUUUUUGUAAAGGUAAUUUUCGGUAAUUGUCAAUAUAUGUUACUCUAGAUUUGUAUUAAUAAUGUUUUUAAACUUAAGAGUUAAGAUACAUAUCAUCACCGUCCA